CUUUAAAGCUCGCUGCCCUUUGCGUUUUUUUGCUAUUGUAUCAAAAUAUAAUUAGUCGAUUCUCAACAUGGACAGGAACUGUAGAUUUUUUUAAGCAUGUUUAUCAACCGAGAAGACGCCGUAUCAAGUAAAAGGAAAGGUUACUGUCUUGACUCGAAAAAGAGGCAUAAAGCAAUGAGGUGUACGCGGGAGGGGGCCCAAUGUCAGAAAGCAUGUUGUGCAACGUAAAAGUCUAUUCUCAGAAACGAAACGUCAGGGACCCUUCCGUUGGUAAUACCACUGCUGCCAACGAGUGAGAGAGAGUCACUUUUCUCUCUCUCUUUUCUUACUUUUUUUUUAAAUAAUAAUAACUAAUGUCGUUUGCAUUCACACCCGGCAACACACGCCAAAAGCCAAUUCCGCCAGCCUUUUACCCAGUACGCGGUUUCUUAUAUUUGGCGCAUAAUUACAAAACCCUGGCCGGCCCCAUUCUGUCCUCGGCCAUCAAGGCGAGCGUGCUCAGCUUGUUGGCCGUUGUGCCGUUGGUGAAAUACGGGUUCGGCCCGCAAUCGCGUCUCUUAUCCAAACUGUACCUCGAGCUACGACCGCAAGACCAAGCGCAAUGGUUUUUAGGCCCCGGUAUGGCGUUGACAGCAACGAUCUUGACGUUUGUUGAGUCGUUUGCCAUCAUGGGCAAGUUGGGCGACCAUUUUGUGGGCUCUGUCCGGGACCGGUUCUUUGAUGCCAUCCUUGCCGAACACAACGCGUUACCUGCACCCAAGAAGAACAAAAAGGAGGAGGAAAAAAACGAGGUACAACGACCGGAAGCUUUAGUCGAGUCAUUAAAUGUGGCAGUCGAAAACGUGAAAAAGGAAAUAGUACCCAAGGAUAUGGAGGAUGCGAAAGCCAAGGCACACAAACUCUUAUCGCCCGUCCACAUCAUGACGCUGUAUGCCCAAUCCGAGGAUUCAUGGAAGUUGUUCAUUCUCAAGCCCGUCUUGUUCUUGGUCUCGUUACCGUUGAAUUUGAUACCCGUAAUAGGACCGGUUGCGUUUAUUGGGAUCCAAGGAUUGACGCGGGGAGGACAGACGCAUAAGCGGUACUUUGACUUGUAUGAGUGGACGGCAGCUCGGCGUCAGAGACAGAUUGAACAGGCGUUCUGGCAAUAUCAUCAGUUUGGCGUGGUGGCUAGUGUCUUGGAAAUGAUUCCCUUUGCUGGUUUUGUGUUCUCGUAUACCAACCAUAUCGGCGCGGCCAUGUGGGUCAUGGAUCUUAAGGCUUCGAACAAUUUGGAGAGUCGCACGUUCUUUGAUUUGUUCAAGAAAUAGUAAUAUUUGUUUUUUUUUAUUAUACAACAAAAGAAUGUUUGUAGUGGAGGGGUGGUUUCUUUUUAUACAAGGAAAGAGGAUAUGAUGAUACAUUUGGGAUGUUUGUGGCAAUGGGGAUUAAGUUAUUCAGCAGUGGUAGUAGAUGUUAAGAAGAUUGUGUUGUUUAGGGUAGUAAAGAUAAGGAUAAUACAGUAGUCGAAAUAGAGGAGAUCAAAGAAAGAGAACAAAACGAUAAGUGCGUCUAAAGUCUGCUGUUGUUGUUUACCACUUGGUGCGUUCCCAUCUACCGUCGUACUUUUGGUUCAGAGCAAACAGCUUGACCUGCUCGCCCUCCUUGAUAUCUUGCCACGGUGCUACCUCUACAGACUUAC